AUGGCGGAUGAGAAUUGGUCAAAAUGGCGGAUGAGAAUUGGCCAAAAUGGCAGAAUUGGCCAAAAUGGCGGAAUUGGCCAAAAUGGCGGACUGGGAAUGGCGGACUGGGGAUGGCGGACUGGGGAUGGCGCCGGGAAUGGCACCGGGAUUUGGAAUUGGCCAAAAUGGUGGAUGGGAAUCGGCCAAAAUGGCGGAUGGGAAUUGGUCAAAAUGGCGGAUGAGAAUUGGUCAAAAUGGUGGAUGAGAAUUGGUCAAAAUGGCACAUUGGGAAUUGGCCAAAAUGGUGGAUGGGAAUCAGCCAAAAUGGCACAUUGGGAAUUGGCCAAAAUGGCGGAUGAGAAUUGGCCAAAAUGGCGGAUGAGAAUUGGCCAAAAUGGCGGAAUUGGCCAAAAUGGCGGAUUGGGAAUGGCGCCAGGAAUGGCGAUGGGAAUGCUGGACUGGAAUAACACCAGGAAUGCCACACGGGGAACAUCACUGGGAGUGCUGGACUGGGAAUUGGCCAAAAUGACACACUGGGAGUUGGUCAAAAUGGCGGAUGAGAAUUGGCCAAAAAUGAUGGACUGGGAUCAACACCAGGAAUGGAAUGGUGAAUUGGGAAUUGGCCAAAAUGGUGGAUUGGGAACAGCACCAGGAAUGGAGGAUUGGGAACAGCGCCAGGAAUGCCACAUUGGGAACAGCACCAGGAAUGGAAGGGCACAUUGGGAAUUGGCCAAAAUGGUGGAUGAGAACUGGCCAAAAUGGCAGACAAGGAAUGACACCAGGAAUGGAAUGGCACAUUGGGAAUUGGCCAAAAUGGCGGACUGGGAGUGGCACCAGAAAUGCCAGACUGGGAACGGCACCAGGAAUCGCAAUGGGAAGGAUGAACUGGAAUAA